ACCAAAUACAAUUCCACAGGCUUUUGUAGGAUAUAUUCCGAUAUAAGAUUAGUCUACAUGAGACGUUUAUUUGUCACAAUUUAAAUCGAGUUUUGACAUUUAAAAAGUUGUGGUCUAGCUUUUAUUCACCUGAACGCAGUGAAAAAGAAAUUAAUUGUAGCGUACACAUUUACUGUCAAUCUUUGUAUUUGAAGAAACGAAGAAAGAAUACAGUAGCUUCCAUGAUGGAUCGGGACAGAGCUAGCCCGUCCCCCUCCACCCUGCCGGAGUCCCCUGGUCACAACUCUCCCGGUAGCGCCUUACUGCUGGGUCUGAAGAGAGUGUCUGUGUGGCUGGUCGACUGCAGGAAAACACCAGGGCAGAGUGGAAUUGUAAGAGAAGGACACGAGGAGGGUGAUGGAGAUGUUAUUGCAUCAAGGGACACCCCAAACCGUCGUUCUCUCAGUGGGAGGGGCUUAUCAUCUGGGGAGCCUCAACCACUUAAUGUUGCUGACGAGACAGAGAAGAGUCUCUCCAGAUCAGAACAUCUCAAGAAACACCAGCAGAUACGUUCAAGGAAGAAACCUCACCACUGGUCCUCUGACUGUGGGAAGAGUUUCAGAAGCCGGAGUGGAAUCAUUAUUCAACAGCGGAUUAACAACAGAGAGAAACCGUACUGCUGCUCUCAGUGUGGGAAGAGUUUCACUGCCUCUCAAACCUUAAAAUUUCAUCAGCGAAUUCAUACAGGGGAGAGGCCUUACCCCUGCCUUGAUUGUGGGAAAAGCUUUGCUUUUUUGGGAGCCCUAAACAUACACAAGCUAACACACACUGGAGAGAAAUCUUAUAGCUGUCAUCUGUGUGGGAAGGGCUUUGCUCGAUCAGCACAUCUGACUACACACCAGCACAUACACACAGGAGAGAAGCCUUAUAUCUGUGGUCAUUGUGGGAAGAGCUUCAGCCAAUCAGGGAACCUGAAUUCACACCAGCGAACACACACUGGAAAGAAACCUUUUAGCUGUGAUCAUUGUGGGAAGAUCUUUGCUGUAGCUUUUUCCCUGACUAUACACCAGCGCAUACACACAGGAGAGAAGCCUUAUAUCUGUGGUCAUUGUGGGAAGAGCUUUGCUCAGUCAGGCCAGCUGACUAUACACCAGCGCAUACACACAGGAGAGAAGCCUUAUAUCUGUGGUCAUUGUGGGAAGAGCUUCAGGCAAUCAGGGAACCUGAAUUCACACCAGCGAACACACACUGGAGAGAAACCUUUUAGCUGUGAUCAGUGUGGGAAGAGCUUUGCUUGCUCAGGAGAGCUGACUAUACACCUGCGAACACACACAGGAGAGAAGCCUUAUAUCUGUGGUCAUUGUGGGAAGAGCUUCAGUCAUUCAGGGAACCUGAAUUCACAUCAGCGAACACACACUAGAGAGAAACCUUUUAGCUGUGAUCAGUGUGGAAAAAGCUUCAAUCAGUCAGGCCAACUGACUAUACACCUGCGAACACACACUGGAGAGAAGCCUUAUAGCUGUGAUCAGUGUGGAAAAAGCUUCAAUCAGUCAGGCCAACUGACUAUACACCUGCGAACACACACUGGAGAGAAGCCUUAUAACUGUGAUCAGUGUGGGAAGAGCUUUGCUUGCUCAGGAGAGCUGACCAUACACCUGCGAACACACACAGGAGAGAAGCCUUAUAUCUGUGGUCAUUGUGGGAAGAGCUUCAGUCAUUCAGGGAACCUGAUUUCACACAAGCGAACACACACUGGAGAGAAACCUUUUAGCUGUGAUCAGUGUGGAAAAAGCUUCAAACAUUCAGGCCAACUGACUAUACACCUGCGAACACACACUGGAGAGAAGCCUUAUAGCUGUGAUCAGUGUGGGAAGAGCUUUGCUUGCUCAGGAGAGCUGACUAGACACAUGCGAUCACACACAGGAGAGAAGCCUUAUAGCUGUGAUCAGUGUGGGAAGAGCUUUUCUCGAUCAGUAUUCCUGAAUAGACACCAGCGCAUACACACAGGAGAGAAGCCUUAUAUCUGUGGUCAGUGUGGGAAGAGCUUCAGUCAUUCAGGGAACCGGAAUUCACACCAGCUAACACACACUGGAGAGAAACCUUUUAGCUGUGAUCAGUGUGGGAAGAGCUUUGCUCGAUCAGUAACUCUGACUAGACACAAGCGCAUACACACUGGAGAGAAGCCUUAUAGCUGUGAUCAGUGUGGGAAGGGCUUUGCUCGAUCAGGGAAUCUGAAUUCACACCAGCGCAUACACACAGGAGAGAAGCCUUAUAGCUGUGGUCAGUGUGGGAAGAGCUUCAGUCAAUCAGGGAAUCUGAAUUCACACCAGCGAACACACACUAGAGAGAAACCUUAGAUAGAUAUGUGUGGGAAGAGCUUUGUUCAUUUAGGGCCAAUGAGAAAACACCAAAAAGUAAAAAUGUGCCGUAUUUCAUCUCCCUCCUAUCGGGCACCGGUUCCAGAUCCCUAAAUAAAGGAUCAAUAGAAAUCAUCUAGUGAACAGUCAUAUCCAUCUCCCAUUCUUAAACAGUUGACUGAUUCUGAUCACCAUGGUAACCUCUGGAUCAUAAUAUGCAGCUCUGAUCUAGGAUCAGGUCUCCCCUGUGUCUGUGUAAUAUCACACAUUGUGAUCUAAAUGGAUAAAUGUUAUCAUAGAAAAUGUCAUAGUGAACCUGUGUGUGUUGGGGAUGUUGAUAAUUGUAUCUUCUUUCAUAUACUCAUGAUACUAUUAUUAUUAAAUGUCAUUAUGUAGAGUAAUGUUUCAACAAUAGGUGUAUAUUCAUGUAUUCAAUUCAUCAAUAAAUUCAUCCAUUAUCUUCUAAACAAGAAGUUAUCACUUUAAUUUGAUAUUUUUAUAAUAAUGAUCUAAAUUGAUUAAAAUGACCCUAAAACUAAUCAAUGAUACAUUGGAUAAUAAUAUCCAUGAGGUCAA